GAUAAAAAGCUCUCGUUCGAGACAGACGUGCAUAACGCAAUAACGAUAUUUUAUUCGAUCCAAAACCAAAAACCAAACCAACUGUAACUUUGGCGCGACUUUUCGCGAAGCGAAAUUAAAUGUGAAAAACAAGUGUGCAUGGCAGGCGGCAGAGAAAGAGAGAAAUAAGGUGCAUAUGUGCAGCAAGUGUAACGAUACCCAAUACCCGGGCUAAAGCUGUAGAAAAAAUAAUAAAAACACAAAAGAAGCAACAACAAAUAAUACCCCUUAGUGGCCAGCAGCCAUGUCUACGAAACUGGAGCAGCAGCACUCGAAGCCCAUUCUGAGUCCAACUCGAUCCCUGGACGAAGGUUUCGAAAGUGAUCCGGAUCGGGUUUCCACCGAUUCGGAGCAUCAGACAAGUGGAACCACUAACACCAGCACUUGCAACAACAGCAAUGCAGCCAUUACGGCCAGCAACAACAAUGCCAGUAAGCUGGCGCAGCUUAGUUCGGCGGCCACUGGGGGCGCAACUAAGACGACAUCCGGAGCUACUGCAUCCAGCCCUUCGAUGGUGAACUCCGGAAAUGUCAGGGGCGCACUCACUUUGGCCGCCCCCCAGUUGCAGAGGCGGGAGUUUUUUGCCAAGGAUCAGGGGAAACUUAGGCACCAGGCACCCCCACAGCAGCCACGCCUCCAGUACCAAAAACAACGACAACCCCUGGUUCCCAGUGCCGCCUCCAGUGUCCACAAUCACCGGUUAACUGCGUCGAUGCAGCAGGGAUCUUCGGGAUUGGUAAAUACCCUGGGAACCGGAACUGGAACUGGAACUGCAAACUACCGGCGCGGACGCCGGCUCCACAUGAAUCCGCCUCGAAACGGAAUUAGAUCACAUUCGGUGGACGCGAUUUCGCGGCACAAUCGCCAUGGCUACGAUCCCAGUAGCUUAAUCCUGAAGCACGAUGGAAAUGGCAAUAUAAGCAGCAGCAAUGCCGGUGCCACCACCACCCGCAUGCUCAACUACAAGUCGCCGGGCGGAGGCACUGCAGCCGGGGCCCCAGCAGCCGGACAGGCUCUACUCGUCCAGCCGAUUUCUAGUGCCACCCUAUCUCCACUCGUGGCAGCCGGCGUGGUCGAUGUGGUCGAGGGCGGUGGCUCCUCGCCGGUCAUCGCCUCGGCCACCCACAGCCUGUACACCUUCUAUCCGGCGGAAGGGAAUCUCCAGGUGUGGCAGACGGAGUGCGGCGACCUCACCUACAAGUCCUCCCGAAAUAUGCACCAGCUCCACAAGGCACCCGUGUGCUGGACGCAGUCCAUUCCCAGGCAGGCCAGAAGGUAUGUACAAUAAGCUCGUAAAUGUUGCUAAAAUCCAAAGGUCGGUAAGAGACAUAAAUGUCUAUAUAAGAUAAGUGAAAUACAGAUCCGAUCGUUUUAACCCUCCACAAAGAAAUUAAAUUCUCUUAAUUACAGGCAAUUUGUAGGCACAAUUGUAUCUACAAGAUACAAAGCUCAUGACAUCAUGUAAUUUUUUUGGCGUUAUCUUUUGUUUGCAGACAUUGUUUUUUUUUUUAACUUUUACUGCCGAUUCUGUUGAGGUCUGUACUUCUCGGGGAGAAGAAAUACCUUUUAAUUACACGUUUUUUACCUUAGAGAGAGAGUGAAAGGGAGAGGCAUAUAAUUAAAAUUGGCAACUGAGGUUUAUAGAAAUCAAGAGUUUUUUGUAUGUCUCCUCAUUGAAAAUCUGUGACGCGGAUGUAGUGAGCCAUCACACUGAACAAUUACAAGACGACGUCUUUAUAAGUACACCUAAAAUAUUCAGUAAAGAAGAUCAGAAGAGAAACACCAUAAUACAUAAAACUUUCUCAAGUGCCGGCAGUCGAUCAAUUGAAACGCUCGACCGAGCAAAACGAUUCAAUGAAAUAAUUAUAAAGCCAACCGCAAGACACAUAGAUACAGAUGCCCAUCCCCGCACUCCAAUGCCCCUGCCCCCCCUGUCUCCCACACUUUGCCACUCUAUGUCGCACUAGCAAUUUGGAAAGUAAAAGUCGUACUGUCAACG